CGACCGUCACGCCGUUACGAUUGCGUCAACGAGUUUUGUCGUCGAGUGUUCGCGGUAUUCCCCGUUAUCGUUCACGUGUGCACGGAUAUUUCUCUCUGUUCGAAACAGUUUACUUCGCAGCGAAGAAUGAAGUGAACGAGCUCGAGCGUGCCAGGGGGUGCAUCCUCGACCAACGCAAGUAUGGAUCAACGCGGUGUUUUCUUCGCUUCGAUCGUUUGUUUGCUGAUCUCCUUGGCUGUCGCCUCCGAACCGGGUCCCGGACAGAGCCGAGUUACCGGAAGCCAUGAACCGGAACCAUCGCUACUCGCCGCCCCGGCGAGCAGCGGCUGGGUGACAAACAUAACCGGGUCGAGCGGCGUCGUUGGCCAGGACGAGGUCGUACCGGAACACGUCCCUGGAUCGCGAGGCGAGCGAGAACGGGUCGAGCGGACCGAUAACGAGUCGCAGGUGGAGCAGGAACAGGAGGUGGAGGAGCAGGAGGAUUACGAGGGCGAGGACGAAUACGAGGACGAGUUGAAGGCCGUCGUCGAGUCGCACGAGGCGAUGUCGAGAGACGACACUAGGAACUCGAACGCGUUCCCGGUAACGUCCAGCAAGCUCGCCGACGAAACCUCUACCGGUCCCGCGAACAACUUCGAAUCGCACGAGGUGAUCACCGCCGACAAUUCCGACGAGGAUGUCGCGUCCAACGAGGCCAUCACCGACGAGUUUGUCGACAAAUACGACCAAGAGGUGGCGGAGUUAUUGAAAUACAAAAAGGCUCGGAACUCGAAUCAGAGCGAGGGUGGCAGGACAAAAACGAAACGCGUCCCUACGGUGAAGAAGGAGCUGAGCACCCAAAAGGAGAUCCUGAUAGGAAGCAACGAGACGCAGGUGCCGAAGAGUCUGCUUCCGCCGGAAGACCCUGUAAAUCGAUUGAACGAAGAGACCGAGGCGAUUCGAAGGCGGAACGUCGAUUCCGACAAGCAAAUUAAAUCGAGGGAUUCGGGGUACUCGGAAAAAUCGGCGGCCGAGGUCGAAGUUGCCGCGGACAAUCGAUACUCGGAAUCGGAGGCGGAGAGCCCGAAGAAGUUGGACAAGCGGCAAGAAACGGUCCUGAAGGAUCUGAAAUCCUAUUUGCUGACGGAAUACGCGACCGAGGAGGAGCAGCGGCAAAAACUUCGCCAGUUAGGGGCUGAGAAGGAUGCUUUAGCGGAGAACGUGUUGAAGCUUUUGGUGAAACUAGCAGAGAAUCCGAAUCGAUGGGAACGGGUGCAGCAACUUCUCCUAAAUACCGAGAACGACUUGAAUCUCUCGAAGAACGCCAUAGAGCCGUCCAAACGCAGCUACGAAUCGUCGUCCACAUUGUUCCCGGACACGCCACAAGCUCGCGAGGACUCGAGAAAGUCCCGUAAGAAGUUGAAGAAGAAGAAAAAGAAGCCGAAGCAUCGUUUCUCGACGACCACGUUGACGCCGGUACCAGCAACGCCUCCUUUGUUGACCACCACAGAGACGCCGUGGCAAACGACGCCCGUUCAAUGGCGCCUCGUCGCGGAAAGGCUCUUUGCUCCGCCGUGGCAGGAACAGACUGAAAAGACGACGAAUACUCGCCACUCCGUUCCGCAAAGUCCUAGAACCUUGUCUUCUAUUCGAGAUCUGAUCGAAAGGAGCAAACCGAAGAGCAAUCUAAAGUCGUUCCCGUCCGACAGAAAAGCUACGAUAACCGAAGACGUCGGGGAACUUGCUGAUCAAAGGCUGAUGCGGUUCGGUAACGUAGGAUCUCGUCAGGUUGGUCGUAUCGAGCCACACGGUGAAUUCGUGAACGUCUACGACAGACCUGCAGACCCAGAACGCAUACCGGAUUACGACGUGCCGUAUCAUCAACCGAGAUACAAUCAGUUACCUCCGGGUUCCCACGAGUUCCUGCACAGACGCGAAGAGGACUAUCAAAGCGAUUCGAGUAUGCCGGUGGACACUUUCGGCCGCGGUCAAGACUACGAGGGUCGCGACUUCUCGUUGAGCAAGAGCUGGCCGGACAUCCUGAGAUACAACGCGCCGUGGAAAGCCGAGGAACGUCCUAUGAUACCGGUAGCUUACGACAAGUGGCCUUGGAGGCAGCCUCAGCCUGACCCCAAGUAUUGGCCACAGCGCGCCAGCUAUUUGCCUCUCGAGAAAAGCUACUGGUCACCCUACGGCAACGAAUACGAGCCGGACGAAGAAGCGGAAGCCGCGAAAAUCUGGGAGGAACAGCGAGCGCAACAUUCUUGGGACAGAGAAAGACCCUGGCCUCAAGAGAAGCCCAUGAAGAUGCCUCCUUACUGGCAGCAGGUCGACAGACCGGCGAAGGUGUACGAUCGCGAACAACCGAACGGCACGUGGGAGAAGAGCAAGAAUCGUUCCGAGUUGACCAGAUCCAAAGAGUCGAAAGAGAAGGUGGUGCUACCUCAGAUCACGAUGAAGACUUGGAACAGCUUGACCUCGGACCCGGCUACCUGGCCCCACAAGCUUCCCGGCGCGAAACCGUGGCCCAAGGACGAAAACGGAAAGUCGUACAAUCCGAAUGCCGAUUUGGUGAAAAAACUGGGCUUGGAUAAGCAGAACGGUGCAGCUUGGUCCAAGGACGAAGUCGAGAAAUCGAGCGCGGAGCGAAAGCUGAAGGAGGACAAGCAGAACAGACUGUUCGCGAAGGAUUCGGUCAAGAGCGAAGAGAUACUUCGGACCGAAGUUUCAAAGUACAAAUCCAACGACGAGAGAAACAAUUUCAGCGAUAACAAGGGAAGAUCCAGCAACUCUGGCAAACCCUGGACGAUGCUGGCCGAUAAAAGCUCCAAGGACUGGAUGAAAUCCGAGGACGUACAGGCUGACGACUCCGGUGCUUGGAGAAGGAAAUACGAGGGUAAAAAUUCUUGGUCCGAAGACGCUACCUUGCCCAAGAUCCAGUCGGUCGGUGCAUGGGUGAUGGCAGCCGACCAGUCCACCUGGAAACCCUAUCAAAUCAAACCGCUGGAAUCCUCGGACGACAUUGGUCCUCGAAGGUGGCCAAAAGCCAGGUCGAACAAGGGAUCUUGGGAGAAGAACGAUUCCUGGAUGGAUCACGCGAACGUACCUCUGGACCUCUGGCCAGGAAAAUCUAACAAGGGCUCCUGGUUUGCCAAAACGAAGGAUACCGAUGGUUGGACGUCGAAGUCGAACAGUCCCGACUCCUGGAAGGCGAAAGGAGAGUGGUCGUCGAAACCGGAGUCCUCGUCCUGGAUAUCCAAGACGGGAGACAACGAUUCCUGGCCAUCCCGUGGCAACAACGGUGGCUCCUGGUCGACCAAAGGCAACGAGUCCUGGACGUCGAAGAUCAACGACGACGGCUCCAAGUUCAACGGAGACUCGUGGACCUCGAAGACCAAGGAGGAAGAUUCCGUGGACGCUUGGAGCAGGAAAUCGAACGAGCAGAAUGGCUGGGGAUCGAAAAGCAACGAUCUGACGCCGUGGCAGCAGAAGAUGAACGACGAAUGGAAUUACGGGAAGUCUAGCUCCACGGGUACUUGGCCGGCUAAAUGGAAGCAAUUCGCGUAUCACAGAGUGACGGCCAUGCCCAUCUCCAAACCGGGGACCACGUCGGACGCGAAUUCGUCCAAGUCCAAAAACGCCUUCGUCGCGGUGUCCGCGGUGUCUUCGCCGAAGUAUACCGGAAACGAGUGGCGGAAGAACGAAGAGGAGAGGAACGAGAACGGCAGGCAGGAAGAGCAAGAACGGUCGAGCAAUCAAGUUCAGGUGGAACUGGAACGACCCAUUUACGCCUGGAAGAAGGAUUCCGGACUGAGGACCGCCUCGACGAAAAGCAACGCCACGGAUCCGCUGGAGAAUCAGCUGGAAGCACUCAGACAAAUUGACUUCUGGGCUUACAAAGAGAACGAGGCCGAGAAGCGAUUAACGUCGACGAACGCGAGCACGGAGACGACGUCCAUGAUUCCGAGGAACUCGACGUCGACGGGGAUGCAGCGACGAUCGGUGAUGGGAACGGGGAACAGUAACGACCUUUCGGAGACGAAUCGACGCGCGAUCUCGAUGAAAUAGAUCGGAAGUUAACCGUAGAUGUACGAGGUUGCCCGACGAGUACCGGUCUCUGUUCGAUCGACAAUAGGCUACUACGCGAAGUCUCCGAGCAAUUUCCAACGAGUCUCUGGCCCCCUGCCAAGGUGCACCGAAGCCUGUCACCAGUCUGCGCUUUAUAAUUUGAUCCACGUCAUGGAAUAAUCUCUUUUUGUCCUCCCAUCACGUGUACCCGAGAGUAAACUCGUUAUCCCUCCGAGCUUUCGUUGAAUAUAUCCUCGAUUACUUUGUUCCGCUCGUUUAAUCCUCCGACUCUAGCUUUCUAUUUCGUUCGUGCAUCUUCGAUACGAUUGUUGAUUUUUUAAUCGAAUGUAAUCGGUGCCAUAUUAGAUUAGAGUGUUAUUCGUCGAUGUAACGUUGUAUUUUUGAAGCGUACGUGGGCGUGUGAACGAGAUCGUAUCGAUGAUACAAGAAUUUUAUUUAAAAUAAUGAAUAAAUAAAAAGAAAAAUGGGAACAAUCGGGAUACGGAAGAUUUAUUUGUUUAUCUACUAGUCGGAUUGUACGAAGCGCAAAUUUUAUGGCGUACUGUGGAUCGGAUAAGUAUUGUCUGCCGAACACAUUUUAUAACAAUAAUAAUCCGAUCGUUAAAAACAAUUGCCGCGAUAGGUGCUUUUCUGUACACCCGAAUAACGUGCACUUUUACAGUGCAAAUUUAUAAUUUGCUUCUAUUCUAUUCUAAAGUACACUUCGAUUUUCUACCGAUUUCGUAGCUACGCGAGUUUCGCUUUUAGUUCGCGCGAAAUGGGGAAGAAAAAUACAGGAAAACCUAAGAAUAUAAUAUUAUUUUCCGGUUUGUUCGACUUCGUUGCACAAAAGGUUUAACCCGGAAAUCUUUUCUUGCGGUUUAUUCAAUGGUCAUCGAAGUAAAGUCGACUUCCCGCAACCAGCGAUGCUUGGAUCUUUCGAUUCCAUACGCUCCUCUUUCUCUUGUUAGUCCUCCCUUAUUUCCGGUUUAGCGAAUCUUACCCUACCGCUCUAACCAAGCGUAUUCGAUUUCGAUUACGAAUUUUUAUCUCGAUCCAGUGAAUAUCCCGUUCAAGAUCAAAGUCGAGAACACUCCACUCGGAAAUCUAUGCUUAUUUCUACAUGAACGGUUAAAUCUUCAUCGCUUUCAAGAUAAAGAAUACAUGAUUUUUCGGGAAUACUGGCGGAGAUUAUAAUAUUGAGAGAAUGGUAAUAUAAGAAGUUUUACUUAAAGAUUUGGGAGUUUCUAAAUUUGCAAAAUUUUAAAUGUCAAGUGCGGUUCUAACUAUCCAAAGAUCCAAAUUCCCAAAUUUCCAAGUUCUGGAACUUCCAAGUUUCGCGAGCUCCCAAGAUCCCAAACUUUAACACCUCCAGAUUCCUAAAUAUUCAAAUUCCCAAAUCCCUAAAUUCCCAAGUCUCUCCUUCUACCCCGGAAUUCUGAAAUUCCCAAAUUUCCGCGUCCCCGAUCUCUCAACUUCCAGAGUCGUUCUUCGUUAAAUUUUGUAUUCGAAUUUUCCAAGUUUCUCUGUUACUAAUUGUUUGAUAACGAAGCGAAACGAAUUAGAAAGAGAGGCAUUGGACGGAAAGAAAAGGUUUGCCAGCGCCGUGUUUCGAGGAGAAACAUGCGAAAUACGGAGAGGGUGGUGGUUUUUUUGUCGGAGUAGAAAAGAGGGUCGACAACGAGACAGUUCAUUCUGUCGCUGGAAUAAGGGGUUGCUCGUUUAGGCGCGAGACGUUCUACGAGCCCAGGAUAAAUAGCACGGAAUAAACUAGCAACCGGUUCUUUUUCACAAAGCUAAUUAACCCUUUGAGUAGGAAACUUUCCAGACACGAAUUGUUACUAGGAACAACUUUUGCUCAAGUUUCGAACGCUCCUUUUGCGUUUCUCUUCCUUUCAAAUUUAUUCGUAUUUGCCUAAGUUCUAUUAUACCCCCUUUGCCCGAGAAACUUGAUCAUUUUUAAAUCGACUCUCUUUUCGAACCAACAUCGAAUACUUUUCUUUUGCAAAACUAUGUCAAAUCGGUCGGCGCUAAAAGUCUUCUCUUCAAGUCAGUUAUAUUCUAUUUCCAAAUCGUAGACUCGCAUUCUUCCACGAACAUAAAACAGUAUCGCAAAUUACACGAUCCAUUUGUACUUUGACGCGACGUAUACGUCGAGAAUCCUGCGAGGAUCAAAGGUCCGCACAGUACAUGCUCACGUACGCGAUCAAAAACUCAUUUACAUUUCUCGUACGAUCCAUUAGGAAGGAUAAUCGUAACUAAUUAAUCAUCCCGAUUAUGGGUCGGAUUAAUUCGAUCGACCGAAUUAAUUCGCAAAAUGUAAUUCCCGUUCACGGAGAGAGAGAGGGAAUCAGAAGGGAAAUCAUAGUGCACUAUUACGGGGCUAGCGUACGGGCUUUCGCGAAAGAGGAAGAUGGUAACUUCGCAGCGUGGAAAGUUUAGUAGGAAAUUGAGCGAAUAUUUUUUCUACGGGACUGAAAUUGUCGGUCACGGCCUACAUGGCCGUCCAAUUCUAGGAAACCUUUGAGUGCCCCUAACGCGUCACAAGUCGGACCUUUUUUAACCCUAACGAUCGACGAAAUAUCGAAAACGUUCUCGAUGAUUUAAAGCGAAAGUAAUAUGAAAAGAUCCCACCGACUUUUAACGCGUUAAAUCGAUCGUCUCUUCGUUCGCUUGAAACAGCAUCGAUAAAUAGCAGGCAAAAGAAGAAUCGAUGACAAUAUUCCGAAGACAAGGAAAACAUCCUACGUUGUAAAGAAGUUAGUCUGGCAUUCGACGCGUUGAUUGACUUUGCUUUGACACGCGAAUCAAUUUUUUAACCCGUUUCAACUUGCUACUCCAAAUUGUCAAAGUAAUUCUAGCAAUAUUCGAAGCGUUUGAUGUCGGACGAAUUUGGUGGCAGUCAGCGCGUUAAAGAGCGGGACUAACCGUACUGUAACGAGGGCAAUAUGUUAAUUGACCGAUGAAAAGAAUAAAAGAACGAUAAAGAGAGACUGAAUAUGUGGCAUAUCACUUGAAAUAUAAUUCUCGAUUGGACCAGCGACUAUAUGUUGAUGUGUGUGUAGAUAAAACAUGACCGAAAAUGUUAACCUCUUCAGGGAUAUUAACAUUCGUGUGUACAUAUAAUUUCUACCUUCUUUUUUUCAAUUUAAACAUGCUUAACAAA